CUUCCUGUUUCCUGUUUCCUGUGUGUCCCAGUGAUAUCAGUCCCCGGAACAACAACAACAACAACCCAUGUGAGAGAGAAGCUGUGGAGUCUCCGCCAUGUUCUCCGGUUUAAAGGACUCCCAGCAGAGGAGGUAUGUCCCCGCUAAAGGAGAGACCGUCAUCGGCAUCGUGACGGUUAAAUCCGGAGACGUCUUCAAGGUGGACUUUGGAGGAAGUGAGCAGGCGUCUCUGUCCUACCUGGCGUUUGAGGGCGCCACCAAGAGGAACCGACCCAACGUCCAGGUGGGCGACCUGGUGUUCUCCCAGUUCGUCGUAGCCAAUCGGGACAUGGAGCCGGAGCUGGUGUGUGUGGACAGUUCAGGACGAGCCAAUGGGAUGGGAGUGUUUGGAGCCGGGGGGCUGCUCUUCACCGUGUCUCUGGGACUGGCCAGGAGGUCGGUGUUGUUUUUACAUACCGGCUGCUGUCACCCUCUUCCCCGCGAGCUGGUGGUCGGGAUGAACGGCCGCCUGUGGGUCCGGUCGUCCAGCGUUCAGCAGACCGUCAUCACCAACCUGCUGCAGAGCUGUGACACCAUGACGGCCCCCCAGAGACAGGAGCUGUUCAGGAGGGCUGCACAGGGGGCGCUAUAACACCAUGACGGCCCCCCAGAGACAGGAGCUGUUCAGGAGGGCUGCACAGGGGGCGCUAUAACACCAUGAUGGCCCCCCAGAGACAGGAGCUGUUCAGGAGGAGGUACAGGGGGCUCUAUAACACCAUGAUGGCCCCCCAGAGACAGGAGCUGUAAAGCCGGGGUCAAAGCAUAGACCGAUAAAGUGAAUACAAAAUCUACAACACAUCACACCCAAGGGGGUCAGCUUCGCUUCAGAACUCGAGCCAUCUAUGGCGCCAUUUUGUUGCUAACUGGCCAUCACCUCCUGUUAGCAU